AUGCAUCAGUUCGCGGUGCACACGUUCCGCCGCUCCGCCGACCGUUGGAUCCCGCUCAAGCUCGCCUUCUGCCACGUCAGCGCUGACGUGUGCCAGCAGUGGUCGGACCGCAUCCUCUCGCUGCUGCGCGCCGACCCGGAGCGCCCUAGGAGCCUCUUAGUGUUCGUGAACCCUAUAGGCGGGCGGAAGAAGGGAUUAAAGACAUGGGAGGCGGUGCGACCCGUGUUCGAUCGCGCAGGAGUCGCCGUGCAGGUGGUGGUAACCAGCCGUCGCAACCACGCGCGCGACAUGCUGCAGAACGCGUCGGACAAGGAGCUUUGCCAGCUGGACGGGAUCAUCGUCGUGGGCGGCGACGGGCUGUUCAACGAGGCGCUCAACGGGCUGGCGAGGCGUCGCCAUCGCGCCUUCCCGUGCGUGCGCCCCGCGCGCCUGCGCCUCCCCCCGCCCUCCACUGCCCCAUGCGGCGCCGGCAGAAGCGGGAGUGACAGGGGAAGGAGCGGGAGCGCAGAUGGGAAGGGUGCAGUGGGAAGCAGAUGUGGGAGUGUAGGAAAGGAGGAGUUUGGAUUGAAUGGAGCUAUGUUGGUUAAGGGCUGUGGGCCAGGCGCAGGGGAUUCAAUAUUAAGAGGCGAUUUAGGAGCUGAUUUGGGAUCAGAAAACGAUUUGGAACAACUGCCAGCGUUGCAGGGCGCUUCAUUAGCAGAGAACGAAGAAGAGGAUGAGAGGGAGGAGAGGGAAGAGAGGGAGGAGAGGGAGGAGGAGGAGGAGGAGGAGGAAGGGGAAGGGAAGGCAGCUCAGGAGCUUGUAGUUGUUUCAGAUGGCAAUACUGCUUAUGCUGAUGCUGGCACUGCUGGUUGUGCAAGUGUUGGUGCCGCAGGUUCGGACCGAGCCUGCGCUCCAGGUUUGGGGAGAAAGCUGACGCUCGGUAGGUUCUGCAGGCAGGAGAGCGAGUUGGUGGCGGCAGGUGCAGUGAAUCUGGACACGGGCAGUGCAGGACAGGCAGGUGGGGUGAAAAAGGGAGGAGACGGGGAGAGGAGUGGGGAGGAGAGAGGAGGGGAGGAGGAGGGGGAGGAGGAGGAGGGGAGGGAGGGGAGGAAGCGAGUGGGAAGCAAGGGAUGGUUGGCUGCUGCAGGGUUGAAGUUGACCAACUGGCGGCGCGAUAGUGACAAGGGCACUGACACAUGCGGACAAAACGGCGGGCGGCACGCUGACGUGGACGGUGAUGAUUCGCCGAGAGGAGGCGUCAAUCUUUUUAGUCUGGAUACUUCUGGAGGGUUAAAUACUCCUGGAUUAGAGACUCCUGCCGGCUUUAAUACCCCGGGCGGUUUAAAUACUCCUGCCGGCUUAAACACGCCAGCUGGGUAUGGGUAUGACACUCCUAAAGGCUACUAUGCGACUCCUAAGGCCGGAUCGUACUAUGAGACUCCUAAGCCUGGUAAUGGCGGCUCGGGUGGAUAUUAUUUCCCUACUCCUAAGGAGGGGGGCGGCGGGGUGAAGGGAUUUUACGAAACGCCCAAGGGGCAGCAGGCUCGGCGCAGCUUCGGCCGAACCAGUUUUGGUCCGGGGGUUAGAAAUGCGACGUUUUUGAGUGACUGGGGGACGGUGCGGGAGGGGGAGGAGGGGGAGGAGGAGGAAGGGGGAGAGGAGGGGGUGGAGGAGGGAGGAGUGGAGGAGUGGGGGGAGGGAGGAGUGGGAGAGGAUGGCGGAGUGGGGUUGUGUCUACCUAGGCGGCUGAGGAUUGGCAUCAUCCCUGCUGGAUCCACAGAUUGCAUUGCCAUGAGCCUCGUUGGUUCCCGAGACCCUGCCACGUCAGCACUGAACGUUGUGAUUGGCCGACGCACUCCCAUGGAUGUUGUGCGGGUUGGCGCUGACUCAGCAGCCGAGGUUGCUGAGUCAGCACAACCGGCAAAAGCAGAGGAAAGAGGAGAUGCGGGAGGGUGGGUGGAGAGAAGAGAGAUAAAUGCAGUGAAGGAAGGAGUAGCGGAAGCUUCCAGGAAGGAGGACGAGCAGCAGCAGAUGGAGUGCGAUGUCCGAUACGCUGCAUCAUUCUUCGGGUACGGCUUCUAUGGCGCAGUGACAAAGGAGAGCGAGGCACUGAGGUGGAUGGGGCCAGCAAGAUACGACUAUGCAGGGUUCAUGACUUACAUGCGCCACAGGUCGUACGAAGCAGAGGUGUCAUUCUUCCACGUGCCUGAGCCUGACCAACCUUCCAUGCACAGAAGAAGCACCACGCCUCAUCCAGAGAUCUGCACCGUUGGAUGCUCGGUGUGCGCCAACGGCCAGGAUCUCUCGCUGCUGGCGCGAUCCGCCCUGGGAUUCGAGGCCAUAGGCCCAUCCCAGUCAGCUGUGGCCGCAGAAGCUGAUAAGCACAGGGUCUUCCCACCUACCUCACCUCCUCCCCCUUCAACCACCACUGCCACUACUACUGCUAUUCCCCCAACAGUUGCUGCAUAUUUUGAGUCUACUACAGAAUGUUCUCAUAACAGUAGUAGCACCACAGGUCAAUCUCCAGAUGCUGACGUGGCAGUCUCGGAUUCGGCGGAGCCUCUGAUGUGGGACGACGCAACGCCAGGCUGGCGCACCGUGAGAGGCCGGUUUCACAGUGUGGGCGGCGCGGUGAUCUCGUGCCGCAACGACAAGGCGCCAGAUGGCGUCGCGGCACACGCCCACCUGGCGGAUGGGAAUCUGAACCUCAUCAUGAUCCGCGAGUGCUCACGUGCCGAAUACCUCCAGUAA